GGUCUGUCAUAAUCCCAUCAAAUCAUAAGCCCCAAACCAGAUUCGGAGAGUAUAUCAAAUUGAAGCCAAAGCUAUGAAUAACUCUCCACCGCCUCCGCCUUCUCGUUUGAUACGGAUGGUAAUUGAAGCGAUUUCUAGCUUGAAAGCAAAAUCUGGAUCAAGUCAACCUGCAAUUUCAAAGUUUAUUGAAGAAAAGUAUUAUGUAGGAGGGCUUCCGCAGAACUUUAAAAGAAUCUUAUCGACUCAGUUAAACGAAUUGACGAAAUCAGGAAGGUUGGUGAAAGUUAAGAGAUCUUUUAAGCUACCUGUGACAGAGAAGUCGGAAAGAGAUCUAAAGAGAAAAGAAUCAAAGUAAAAGAAGCUGAGGGUGAGAUGAUAUUGGGGAUUCGAAAGUAUCUAGAUAAGUAUGAGAGGCUGAGUGAAAUGAAAAUACCAAAAAAAUCGAUGAGGAUAGAACUGAUUCAGAAAGAGAAAGCUGACCUAGAGGAGUGGAAGAAGGUCGCAGCCAUAAGCAGGGUCGACCUUGACCUUGUUGAAUCCUUGGAAAAGUUGAUGCAAGUACAACAUAAGCUUGACAGGGUUAAAAAAAAGACUGUUCUCAGGAUACGAAAUUUGAAAGAUACUUGUAAGAAGGAGCUAUGGGAGAUUAAAGUGAAGCAGCAGCAACAGGAUGACCGAGUACAAGCUCAUCUCUACAAGCAAAGGGGUGAUAUUAUCAAAUCAAUUCCUAAGUUCUGGUCAACUGCUUUUACGGGUGAUUAUUCGCUUCAAAGACGUCUGAAUAAAGUAGACAAGAAGAUAAUCAAGUUUCUGAAUUCUGUGGUUGUUGAAGGUCGUCCAGAAGUGGCAUCUGAGUGUACAAUCAUUUUAAAUUUUGAUGAGAAUGAGUACUUUGACAACUCAAGUCUCACAAAAACAAUCUCGUUCUCCUACAAAGGAAUUAAUAAAGUAAGCGGCACCACAAUCAACUGGAAGAGUGGCAAGGGCAUUACAGCUGGACUUGAAGAAAAGUGGAGUGAGCAGUCGCACACUGAUGUGCAUAAAAGCUUCUUUACAUGGUUCUCGGAAGGUUGUACGAAAAAGCUCCAUGACCCGGUGGUUAACGCACUCGCAUCUGAUUUAUGGCGUUAUGCUCCGGAUUAUUUUUACAUGGUUAGUUAUUUUGCUCCUGUCCCCCAACGUCCCGGCAGUUCAUCACAUGUAUAUUUGCUUAUGAGCAGGUAAUAAUAGAAGUCCUAUACUUCAUGACUUAGUAGCCAGGAAACAUGAAGAGUCAUCACGAAUCUCAGUGAGAACCGCGAAUUUGCGCUCCUCGGUGAAAUCGUGAUGGGAACGCGCUCCUGACAAGAAAGAAACCCUCUCCCAACAUUGGAGGAAUGUUUCACUUAAAUACCCUCAGUUUUCGGCUGUAAUAAACGUCUUAUUGAAGCAUAUUAUUGAAGCAUAUCUAAUAUCUAUCUGGCUAAAUAUCCUACUAAUUGUAUGUUCUCAUACCUUCACAUCUAUAUCUAGCUCCUAUAUAUUCUAGGUUAGCUUGAAUAUAACCUAGAAUAAAACUUAUCUAGCUAGUUUUAGUCUUUAUCUGAUCGUAGGGUCAGUGUUUAUCGCAGAUUCCUAUGUACAUGGAUACAAUGUCUGUAUGUUAACAGAUACCCCUAGUUAAUGAAUAUUCCAUCUUCGCCUA